AUGAGCAAUAUAUUAAAAGAAUGGCUCAUACACCAAUUAGGCGUAGAGGUUAAUUCUCUACAUCCUAAUAAUUUAAGUUCAAAAUUUCAAAAUGGAAUGCUAAUUGGAAAAAUACUUCAGAACUAUGGCAUAAUAAGUUCACAAGAUUUUUCUUUAUUGGUCGAUCAAGAAGAUGAAGUGAUAAAAAAAUCUAAUUUUCAGCACCUAAAAAUGUGGUUGAAUAUUUUACACAUUCCAUUAGACAAUGAUACUGUUACUGGAAUAAUAUGUGGAGAAAGUUCGGUGAUUCUUGCAUUUUUGUAUAAAUUGUGUUUUCUGCUCGAAUGUCCAAAUAAUUUAAAUAUAAUUGGACACGCCAAGAAGUUGUAUAAAUCGAUCGGAAAUUAUGAUUUUUCACAUAGAUUAUUUACGCCUGGAAAAAUUGUCAAUUUCCCAUUUAAUAAACCACUAAAUCAGAAUAGAAUCAAUAAAAAAUCCAAUGAAGAUCUUAGUAUGCUGAAUGAAAAUUAUAAUAUUGCUAACUUUGAGUGCAGUUUAUCAUUGAAAAUAAAUAGAUGGACUGCCAGAGGAUACCAAUCUUGUAAUAGAAAAGAUAUCAUUAUCAACAAUAUAUCAGCCCAUGAGAACCCAAUGAUACUAAAUGAAACAAUAACUUCAAAACAAACACAAACAAGCAGGCAAUUUGAAAAAUAUCAAGAAUUAUUAGAAUGUGGAGAAAUUGCAUUUCUUCAUAUUUAUACAGGAAAACCUUUACCAAAAUCUUGUCUUAUUGACUGUGUGCUAUAUUAUAUAAAAACAAAAAAAAGGUCUGGAGGAUGUGUAUUCAUGGAUUUUUUAAAAGAAGAUAUAAUAACACUAGAAGAAAGGUUAUCUAAUAGGAAUUCCCCUCCUUUUGGGACACACAAGUUUAUGAAAGACAUACAACCAAUUAUUUUGGCUCCAUUUAAAGGGCCAGAUUUAGUUGGUGUAGGAAGAUAUGGGACUUCAUUUACUAGAUAUUUAAAAAUUGUAUCUGAUGAAUAUGAAUUGGAUAAAUUUAACGAUUUACAUGAGUAUUAUAAAUCUCAUAAGAUAUUAACAUUAUUAAAAAUUAAAAAUAAAGAAAUAGAUUUGGAUAACAAUAAGAUUGAAUUAAUAUGUGAUAUUUUAAAUGGUCAAAACGUGAACUGGUCUAACGAGAGUUAUUGGGUGAAUUGUAUUUAUGAUAUGCAAAUAGACAAGGACAAUUAUGAAACAGCAAAAAAUUCGAGUAAAUUAAGUUUACAGCCAAUAAAUGUAACAAAAAGUAUGUUUAGAAGAAAAAGAUUGCAUGGAAAAUCAGAAUUUGAAUAUUUGGAUUAUAUAUCAUCCAGUAAAGUAAACAUGAUUUCAAAUGAAUUAGUCGAUUCUAAAGGUGACAUUACAAAGCCCGAAGAAGUUAAAUCAAAAUUAUUCAAUGUACAAAUUACUGCUGAUAUUGGAGCAGUAUUAGUGCAGUUUUGGAUAUCAAUAGAAAAAAAUUUUUAUCAGAACAUGGGAUGGUGUUUCUUUAAUAGAAGAAUACUUAUUUCUAACCAAAUGCCUUAUAUGUCUUCAAUGAAUAACUAUAUUAACGAAAUACUGAAUCAACAAAAUAUAGAAAAAAUAGAACUUGUUAAAGAAUUACAAUCUGAUUUGUUAAAAAUACCAAGUGAUGCACUGAUGAUGCCUGAUUUAACUAGACAAUUGAUUUCAACUGUAAUGGAUACUAGAGUUAUCUUAACACAAUUGACAAAUCAGAAAAUAAAAGAUUGUAAACAAUUUAUAAAAAAUGAAAACAUUGAUAAAAUGCUUGAUAGUACAAUGAAUUCAAUGAUUCUAGUUUACAAGCAUAUGUUACAAACCGAGGUUGAUCGGACAGUGAAUACAAUACUUUUCAUUCAUUCAUACAUGUCUAAAGUAUAUAAUAAAAAAUUAACUGCAUCAGUAAUUCCAAACCAUAUUGGAGUUACAUUGUCUAAAGAGCAAGAUUUUAAAUCAAAGGGGGUAGAACAAGUGGCAAGUGUUGAAUACUAUUUUAAAUGGUUUGAAGCCACUAUAACCAUGGUUAAUAAUAAACUUAGAGGUACAUUAAAACUCACAUACGAAUGGUUAGCAGAAAUGAAAAAAACUCACAGUGCAAAUCCAAUAGAAAGCAGUUCUGUGUAUUUGAAAAUAUGGAAAUUUUUGAUAGAUAAGGAGAAUUUUAGAUCAGCUGAUCAAAUUAAAUUGAUAUUAACUAGAUUUCAUGAGGAUAUUAAGGAAAUGGAAAGUUAUAUUGUACAAUAUCAAUUAGAUAUGAAUCGACGAAUAGAUGAUUGUUUACAAAAAGAGCUUUUUGGAAUUGAUUGUAUAUGCAAUUUAUUUGAAGCUGCUAUAAAUGAGAAACAAUAUGUUCGCCAUGAAAUUAUAUUUUUUGACAAUAAUUUUUAUUUGAAUACUGAAAAUGUUCUGCAGCCAAGCAACCCUCCACCUCAUCCCUUUCCUUUAUUAGAACCUGAAGAUCAGUGUAUUGUAACUAUUCAUAACCUAAAGAAAAUAACAAAUCAAUUAGUGACAAUUUGUCCAAAUAGACGUAUUUCUUUAGUUGCACUAUCAAGUUUGUUAAAAACCUACUUAAAACAUCAUCCUGAAAUUGAGUGGUUUAAUACAACUAAUUUUGUACUGCGAACCAUGUUCGGAUUCAAUGUUAACUUUGUUGAUUGGACUGAUUUUAUCAUACAUUGUUUGGAGCUUCCUUAUCCUAACAUUGAAGAUUUGUUAUAUCUCAAAAAUCAAUAUUUGGAAUUGGAGAAAAAAAGACAAAAAAAUCCUAAUAAAAAUUAUGCAGAAGGUACCAUAGACAAGGAUGAGUUUGAUUCAGUUUUACUGUGGUAUCAGAAAAUGCUACCACCAAAUCCUUCAAUUUAUUUUCGAUUCAUAAAAAUUAAAGAGUUAUUAUUUAAAACUUUCUCUAAUGAUGGAAAAUUAGAUUACAUUGCAAUGUUAUUAGUUUUAUGCAAAGACAAUCACUCGAUUAUGGGAUUAAUAAAAGCUAUCAGCUUAAUAACAAAUCAAAAUAUUAUGGUUGAUGAAUUUGAUAAUUCUAACAGUAUAAAUGAAAGAUACUCUAUUAAUUUGCCUAUAGAUACAAUAUACAAAAUUGUAAUGAUUUGCCUCAAAAACUAUAAAGAUCCAAAUAAUAGUGACAUUGAAGAUCUGAUAACUUCUAUAUUAAAUGUAGAUAGUGAUAUUCUUCAACAUAAUGGUGAUACAUUUUCCACAUUAAAAUUAUAUCUGAACGACAAAUUUAAGUCAGUAUCUGAAAUUGGAUUUAGAUUUAAUUCACGGCCUUUGUCUAGUAUUGUGAAUAGUCUUAAAUAA